AUGAAGAAUAUAAUUUUUUUCAUAAUAAUAUUACAUUUUUAUAGUUUAGAAAUAUUAAAUUAUGUUAAAACUAGGAGAAUGCUAGAAAUUCUAAAGAACUCUACAUAUGAGUUAGAUAAUUCUCUUAAAUUUGAAAAUACUAGUCGUAAGUCUAAGGAAGAUAAUAUAAAAAAAAAAGAGAAAAUCAGCUCACUGAGAAAUUCAAGAGAUUUUAAUACAGAUGAUAUGAGAACAAACAAUGAUAACUUAUUAAGUUUAAAGACAAAUAAAAGGAAUAAAAGGAAUUAUGAUAUAAAAGAUUAUCAAUUAUUUGAUAAUAUAUAUGAACAAGAAAAUGCACAAAAUUUAAAUAGGAUGGGAAAUGAAUUAAACCAAUUAAAAGACAUAAAAAAGUAUAAGGAAAGUAAUAAAUCAAUGAAAAAUAUAAAAGAUAGCAAUUAUAAAGAUGUAUCAUAUGAUGGAGACUUAAAAGAGGAAAAUUCAAAUGAAGAAUACUCUAAUGAAGAAAAUUCAAGUGAAGAAUAUUCAAAUGAAAAAAAUUCAAAUGAAGAAUACUCGAAUAAAGAAAAUUCAAGUGAGGAACAUUCAAAUGAAAAAAAUUCAAAUGAAGAAUAUUUGAAUAAAAAAGGUUUAAAUGAACAUAAAUCAAAUAAAAAUAGCUCACACAAGGAUAUUUCACCUGAUAAAAAAUAUAAUACUAAUAAUAAGAAUCAAAAUUAUAAAAGAGAAAUGAACAAUAUUAAAAGCAAUUUCAACAAAAAUUUUUUGUAUAGCGAAUUAAAAGAUAUAGAUUAUUCUCAGCAUGGCAAUAAUUGGGGUAUAGGGAAAUGCAAAAAUGGGAAGUAUCAAUCACCAGUUGAUUUACAUUUGCAAGGAUUAAAGGAAAGAGAUUUAAAGAAUAUAGCAGAUGUUUACUUAAAUUUAUUUUACGAUGAUGAUUAUGCUUGGAACAAUUAUAAUAAACCUUGGAUGAAAGGUGAUAUUUUUUAUUAUUAUGAAUAUUUAAUAAAGAAAUUAGUUAUUAAUAGAAAAGAUAAUAUUUUUCAAAUUAAAGCAGCUAAUAACGGUGUAAUACCUUUUGGUGUUUUAUUUACUACUGAUAAUCCAACUAUGUUUUAUGCAGAUCAAAUUCAUUUCCAUUCUCCAAGUGAGCAUACAUUUCAAGGGUCUGGUAAUAGAAGAGAAAUAGAAAUGCAAAUUUUUCAUUAUACAAAUGAUAUAUACGAAUACGAUGAAGAAAAAUGGAAAAACUCCAAAACAAAAGUUAAUUUAAAUAAUAAAUUCAAAAAUGAUACAAAUAAAAAGGAGAACAAUUAUCAUUCCUAUCUUGUCUCUUUUUUAAUGAAUAGUUUAUCUAAUUCACAAUUGGAGAAAAAAUAUAUCAAAAGACUUAAAAGUGGUAAAAUAAAAAAUCAAUAUCAAGUUUUAUCCAUCACAUUUACUAGUGCAGAAAUUAACAAAUCUACCAUUGAUCACUUUAAGAGAUUACCAUCGGAAAAAUUUUUAAGAACUAUUUUAAAUGCAUCAUAUAAAGUUCCUGUUGGAUCAGAACCUACAUUAGUAGAUUUAGAUGAAGUUUUAAAUUUAGAUUCUCUAAUGAUGAUGCUAAAUAUUGAGAAUAUGGAAUUUUUAUCUUAUCAUGGAUCAUCAACUUUACCUUUAUGUGAAGAAAAUGUUCACUGGAAAGUUGCUAAACAACCAUUACCUGUAUCAACUGAAUUAAUAUUAGAUUUUUAUAAAAUGCUAAAAAAAUAUACAUCUGAUUAUAAAGGUAGUGAUAAUGAUAACUACAGAGUUUUACAAAAUGUAGAAGAUAAUUCCAAAAAUUAUGGAAAAGUUUAUUUAAUUCAAGGUUUCCCAGUUCAAGUGUUAAUAUCUUCAGCAUUGUCUACAUUGGAAGAUAGAGAAGUUAUUAAUAUUAUUAAAGAUGCAUCAACUAAAUCUUUUUCUAGUUAUCAAUAUUUUAAUUAUUUUUUAUUUUACCUUUUUUUUAUAGCGUUAAAAUAUUUAUAUAAUAAUUAA